GCAGAUACUCCUGAGGGUGGAUUUAUGGAUCAUCCACACAAAGGUUUUGAGACUGUCACUUGCGUGCUGCAGGGCGCCAUAGCAUAUGAGGAUUUUACCGGUAAUAAGGGUAUACUAGGUAUCGGUGAUGUUCAGUGGAUGACGGCUGGUAGAGGUAUAAUUCACACUGAAAUGGCCGGAGGAGAUGGAACCAAUACAGCAGUGCAAGUCUGGAUCAAUUUAUCGUCCCAACAAAAAAUGAUUGAACCAAGGUGUAAUGAUGUUCGAAGCAAGGACAUACCAGCAGUGAAGCAAGAUGGGGUAGAAGCUAGGAUUUUGGCUGGAGAAGCUUUUGGAGUAAAUUCACCAAUUUACAACAACACUCAAAUCAUGUUCCUUGAUUUCACUCUCAUGCCAAGAGCUCAAUUGCAUCAACACAUUCCAGAGUCAUGGAAUUCCUUUGUUUAUGUUAUAGAAGGAGAAGGGACUUUUGGCUCUCUAAGUUCACCUCCAAUAAAGAGUCACACUUUAUUGGUUUUGGGUCAUGGAGAUGGCCUAUGUGUUUGGAAUAAUACUCCAAAGCCCUUGAGAUUUUUGCUGAUGGCAGGAAAGCCACUCAGUGAACCAGUGGUUCAUUGUGGACCUUUCGUGAUGAAUACCCAAUCUGAGAUCGAUAACACUCUUCAAGACUAUCGCCAAUUCAAGAACGGGUUUGAGAUGGGCAAACAUUGGAGAUGUUAG